GACCGAGUGCUCUCUUUACUUCUUCCCAUCAGAUAAGUCAGACAGUUCAGUUCAGUUAGAUCAGUUUUCAUUGCAAGACAACAGCAUACAGUGUCGACAUAUCAGACCCAUCCUAGUGUGAGGAUGGGAAAAUUUCCCAUCAUUCUGCACUUCCUGGCCUUGGUGGUCUUUGGCUUUCUUAUACCCCUGGCUUCAGGAAAGUGCAAUAAAACGAAAAACCUUACCAAUGAAAAUGAAACAAGGCAGUCUAUCACGGAAAAUGGGCUUUCUUACCAAAACAAGACAUCAGGCAAUACCUCUGUAGAAAUUUGCAACGCACGCGUUGUAAAUUAUGCAAGCUCAUGGAUCUUAAAUGCACUGGACAACAUCACCAACCACUUGUUUUGUGUCAUUUACAACAAUGAAGGCUUCUCGGGAGAGAAGCUCUUAAUGCUUGAAAAUGACCUCACAAGAAUCAUGGAAUCCACCCUGAAUAUCUACAAUAACCUAAAAAAUAAUGAUACGGAGUCCACUGCUAUUAUUGAUUUGUUUGGAGCUUUAAACACAAACAACCACAAUCAAAACAAUGGGGAAGACAUGAGCAUAUGGUUCAAGAUAAAAAUCCAACCACUCUUACCAUUUUUAACCAAGGAAUUCCUGACGCUCCUGAGCACUAAAAAUUUCACCUGUCAGUCCUACCAAGCAAUAGUUAACGGUUUUAACGAGCAGUUUUCAACAAUGAACAUUGAAACACAGCAAAUGAUAUAUAGAAAUUUCAUGCUUAUGUACCUCUCAAGAAAAGAUAUAUCAGAUCCUGGAUGCUUAUCAGAAUCAAAUGGAAUGAAAGAUUGGAUAGAAAAAAACUUUGGUCUAUAUUUUAUUUUUGUAACACUGGAAGAUUUGGUCAACAUGGAGGAAAAUAUCUCUGUGGUGGAAGUUCUUCCCUCACUCUCUACAGAACAAAUAGUGGACCUGUUACUCGAAGCCCUAAGUAACACUCUGGAAAAUGAAACUGUCGUAAUUAACGUGGUCAGCAGCUUGUUGACUUCUCUAAAAGGCCAGGAACUAGAUGAGUUCUUUGAUAAUUUUGCACAAGUCACAGAGAAGAGAAACUUAACCGUCAUCGAAAACUCUGCUGUAAGGAAUAUCAUGCUAAACCUGACCUUGACAGCACUGGCACCCAGACUUGAUACCUUUGCACCAAACGACUUUGCAAUUUGGUUCCAACACUAUUUGGUGGUGCUGAUGCCUAGCCUUCAACCUAGCAGUUUGGAUGUCAUCCCCAGGAACAUUACCUGCCAGUCGUACCGUGCCAUAUUCACUGGGCUUGACCAAAGCAUUGAAUCUCUUUCACAAGACCUCACCCAUGGCAUUGAAUCCUGCAAGGUCUUGCUAAUGCAAAGAGCUCCAUACAUGUGCACACCGCUGUCUGUCGCUGGUCACUGCGAAGAUACACCGAUCAAUGAUAGAGACGUUUGUUCCGCUCUUCAGGGAUCUCCAUCCGACCAGUUGGUGGCACAUCAGAGCGCAGCUGGGAUGCUCUGCAACUUCAGCAUUGCUGAUUUUGUCUGUUCCCCAGAAGCGGAAUUCACAAAGGAAAAUCUGAUCAGUCUCUUGCAGUGCAAACUGGCCACUAGCCUUAGUUACCCGUUAUUAACCUGGAAGCUGAUUUUCACCAAAUUCUCUGCGGUCCUUGAUGAAGCAUUGGAUUCAUACUCAGAUAUGGUACACCGAAUUCCGAGCCGAUCUAAUGCAUUCUCUAUCGGUUAUAUCUCCACUUUACAAGCUACUAGAUAUUCCUUGAUAACCUGUAAGCAAGAGUAG